AUGCCAACUGUAACAGCUGGUAAGUUUUUAAUCGAAUCUGGAAUAAUUAGGCCUUUGGAGGUGUCUAUACUUGUUGGAGAUCCAGUGAUAGCUAGACAAGUAUACAAGAACUGUGUAGUUAUAAUUUCCAAUCAUCAUAUUGAAGCAGACUUGAUUGAGUUGGACAUAGUGGACUUUGAUGUUAUUAUGGGUGUGGACUGGUUGGCUUAUUUUUAUGGUAAUGUUGAUUGCAGAACAAAGAUUGUCCAGUUCCAGUUUCCAGGAAAGCUAGCGCUAGAAUGGAAAGCCAUGAUCUCAGAAGCAGUUCAAUGGCAUAUGAAAAAUGAAAGAGAUUUGUGGAACAGGUACAUGAACAUGUUCUAUCUGAGACAGUGCAGAGAUUCAGAGUGUGUAAUCAAAUGGUCAAUUGGAAUAAGUUCGAAUGUGCAAAUAGAAUUUGCUGGCAUGGAAUCUGAAAAGGAGAUGAAUGAUGAACAAGUUAAGAGUGUAAUUGAAGUAAUGGCAGCCAGUGGCAAGUAUUGGCAUGAGUGGGACAAACUCAAGGCUAUGCUAUCAUUCCAUCUUAAGCAGGUCCUGUCAGAUUAUCCCGAGUCAAAAAUGACUAUCGAACAGCAGCAAUCUUGUUUAGGGGAGAGCUUUCCUGAGUUGGUGAAGAGGUUGGAUGAUGCUCUCAAUAGCUUUGCUGAAGGCCCUCCAUUUACGUUGCAAAGGCUUUGUGAGAUUUUGUUGGAUGCGCGGAGCAUUUAUUCGAAGCUGUCAAAACUUGCGUUGGCUCUAGAAAAGAAUUUGUUAGUUACAUCAACAUUGACUAUUUCCAGUGAUCCAUAUGCAUCGUCUACCAUACAAAAUGCAACAGAACCAGAAAGAGAAACCAAGAGUUCCCAAGUUCAAUCUAAUUUAGCGUCUAAUGGGGUGGAACCUAUAGCCAGUGCAGGUGAUGCAGAUGAAGUAAUGGCUGAGGUAGAAGAGGCCGAAGUUGAGGAUGUUAUGACGAUUGACAUGGAUACUAUCGAAGCAAUAGUUAGAUCAUCUGAAGCAGAUACUACGCCUACCAGUGAUUCAUAAUGCCUUGUUUUAUGUAGUGAUUAUUUUCAUGUCCAAUAGAGGAUGUUUGUAGAAGGUGGGUCAUGCUUCAAUGAAAUUGAGAGCAAGUCCAAAGAGCUUUUAAAAAUCACUCACGGUCGUGAAUAUCUGUGUUGGAGCGGUAUAAUGUGCGUCAGACAUUAUUUUUACCCGACGUCGGUCCAUCUUGAUGUGGGGAUAAGCCAUGGUCGUUUUCUUGUCUUUUUUCGAACUAAUGAAUGUCUCCGUGGAAUGUCGAGAAAAAUAUUGUCAGGGUGGAUGUGCCUCCUUUUCCCCUGCAUGAUGAUUUUGAUCUCAUUUGA